AUGUCCCAAAGCGGUAAUAUUCAGCCUCAAGCUUACCCCUCCCUCAACAUCCCUGCGUCCUCCACAAGUGUGGACGUCAGCAUCAUCAAUACCUCCACCGACUUAGUUUGUCCUGCCGAUGGCUUCGUCAAGCCUGUAUUGAAGGGCCAUGAGGCAAUCAAUAUGCCAACAUAUGCGUUCCAUAUCCGGCACCCUUCAGGAAAAGAGAUCCUCUUCGAUCUAGGGUGUAGAAAAGACUGGUGGAACUUCUCUCCGGCGGUAGUCGCGUCCAUCAAGAAGCUCAUCCUUGGACUGGACGUGACAAAGAACAUCACUGAGAUACUUACGGAAGGGGGGGUGGAUCUGAAGCGCAUCAGCUCCAUCGUGAUCUCGCAUUGGCACUUCGACCACACGGGCGAUCCAUCGCUUUUCCCCAAAUCCGCAGAGCUUGUCUUUGGUCCAGGAUUUAAGGAGCAAUUCAUGCCUGGCUAUCCAACGAAUCCGAACGGUGUGAUGCUCGACUCUGAUUUUGAGGGUCGCACCGUGCGCGAGGCGAACUUCUCGUCAGACUUCACCAUCGGAGGCUUCGAGGCGUACGACUUCUUCGGAGACGGCUCUUUUUACGUCCUCAAUGCCCCCGGCCAUGCCGUAGGCCACAUCUCAGCUCUUGCCCGUACGACCCCUGACACUUUUGUGUUCAUGGGAGGCGACGUUUGCCACUUCGGCGGAUCCUACAGACCCACUAUUUACGCACCCAUGCCGGAGACCAUCCCAGACGAUGUCCCCCUGGACAGGAAGCGCUUCCCCAUGUCGUGUCCAUGUUCGAUAUUCACAGCCUGCCACCCGGACCAGAAGCACGCGCGCACCGAGCCGUAUUACGAAGUGACGUUCAAGGAAGGAAGCUGGUACAUUGAUCCUCCUGCUGCGCAGCAAUCGAUCAAUCGACUGAAAGCUUUCGACGCCGAUCCCAACGUAUUCGUCUGCAUCGCGCACGAUGAGGGUCUCAUAGACGUGGUUGAUUGGUUUCCCAAUGGAACAAUCACCGACUGGAAGAAGAAAGGGUGGAAGGAGAGGAGCAAGUGGGGCUUUCUAAAUGCGCUUCCGAUUGAUGAGAAGCCUGCGGCGGAGCCCUUCUGCCCCGGGUUGAUGAGAGAUGGAAAGAUUGCGAAUGUCUGA